GCGCACUCUGAAAAGAGGAAAAAGUUGAUGAUGAGUUUAGUGUGAGAGCGGCCCGCCUCUGAGCAGGCUAACCGUCCAGGAAUGGCAGUUUGGACCAGAGCGGACAAAAACGGUCAACUGGACCUUUUGCUCCGCGACCGCUGGAUCCGUGUGGCCGCUGAACUCACCCGCGAAACGCUGACUUUAACGGCCGAAGCGGAGGUAACCGGACAGGGGGGCAGUCACUGGGACUACAACAACUCUUCGGCGGGCCUGCGAAAUGGCAUGUCGAACGGAAACGACCCGGGAACGAGUCCGGGGAACCCUGGCCGCGGUCCGUCCUCUGGUCAAGACCAACUUCAGAGCCAGAACCACGGGGGUCGGGGGCGUAGUUCCAGCCCGGGGCGCGGAGUUGUCAACCGGGGUCAAUACGACGUCAACUAUGGUCUAAACAGCCCUGGGAAGUACCCGAAUAACGGCACAAACUCAGACUUUGGAAGUCCCAGCUCGAGCUACGGCAGUCCCGGGUCCAGCUUCGGGUCGAGACAGGGUGACUUCCCCGUUAAUCUAGACGGUUCCUCGGAAGCUGUGCGGAAAGUCCGAGUUGUCAAACAGGAGUCUGGCGGGCUGGGGAUCAGUAUAAAGGGGGGGCGCGAGAACCGGAUGCCCAUCCUCAUCUCCAAGAUCUUCCCGGGCCUCGCCGCCGACCAGAGCCGGGCUCUCCGGGUGGGCGACGCGAUCCUGUCGGUGAACGGGAACGACCUCCGGGAAGCAACACACGACCUCGCGGUCCAGGCGCUGAAGAAGGCAGGGAAAGAAGUGACGCUUGAGGUGAAGUACAUCCGUGAGGUUUCGCCGCUCUUCAAGAAGCCGUCCCUUGUGGCCGACCUGCCGUGGGACGGCGUCCGCCCGCAGUCGCCCAGCUACAGCGGCAGCGAGGACUCGGGGUCACCCAAACACAGCAGCUCCUCCUCGUCCAAAGACAGAAAGGUCAUCAGCCUGAGGAUGUGCUUCAUCAGCAGGAACCUGACCAUGCCAGAUCUGGAGAGCAGACUGCUGGAGCUCCAUUCCCCAGAUGGCCAGCACACGGUGGUGCUGCGCUGUAAAGACGGCCCCACUGCCAACUCCUGGUUCACUGCCAUCCACACCAACAUUGCUGCCCUGCUGCCACAGACCCUGGCUCACAUCAACGCCUACCUAGGAGCCUCGUCCUCGACCUCCACACACCCCCACCUCAAACACAUCGGGUGGUUGGCUGAACAGGUCCAGCUGGACGGUGGACGGCAGCAGUAUAGGCCCGUGGUCAUGGCGCUGACGGAGAAGGACAUCCUGCUGUUUGAAUCGGUGCCGUGGAGCAGAGAGUCCUGGUCCAUGCCUCUGCUUACACACCCACUGCUAGCCACCAGACUGGUUCAUUCGGGCAGUGCGCGGGGAUCUCCCGCCCAGGGCUCAGACCUGGUGUUUGCCACUCGGACGGGCACAGGACGGGGCAUCGAGUCCCACGUCUUUCGAGUGGAGACCCACUGGGAUCUGUCUUCGUGGACGCGAGCAUUGGUGCAGGGGGCACAUGCUGCCGCAGAGCUCAUCAAAGAAGUCUCUAUUGGUUGCACGUUGAACAGGCAGGAUGUUCGGCUCACGCUGCACUAUGAGAAGGGCUUCACUGUGACGAGGGAGCCGGCCGACCCUCCCGGCGGCGCCGUGCUGUUCAGAUACCCCUACGAGAAGCUGAAAAUGUCCGCUGACGACGGAAUACGCAACCUUUACCUUGACUUUGGGGGUCCGGAGGGAGAAAUGGUAUUUGACCUCCAUUCCGGUCCAAAGCCGGUGGUGUUCGUCCUCCACUCUUUCCUGUCAGCCAAGCUCACUCGUAUGGGCCUGCUGACGUGAAGCAGCCGACGGCAGCAAGUGUGGAUGAGAGGACAGUUCCCAGGCACAGCGGGGAGGGGGGAGGACGUCCUUAAAAUGCUGAUAUAUGGGGGUUAACUUUUUAUUUUCAUUCUAUUUUUUUUUUUUUUCCCAGUUUCUCCAUUCACAGCUGAAGUUAGGCCUGAUGUGGCACUGCAGGGAAGGGUUAACCCAGGAGUUGUAUUGUUGAUUGUCUCAAAAACGUGCCUUCUCUCCCGACGUCUCCUUGCCGCCUCUUGCGCUCGUUUCUGCUGCAAGAUCAGGUGAAAGUUGGUGGCACUUUGCUUGAAGUCAGUUACAAUAUGCAAAAAAAAAAAAAGCUAUUAACAAUCUCAUAACAUUCCAUGUGAUAACAAAUUAAACUUCAUUAUAAUGGAAGUAAAUAACAAGAGCUAAGAUGUGUGAUGUGUUUAUGAGAUUACAUCACCAGUGCACUUCAAGCAACGUGUUACUAAAAAUAUUAAGGAAAGAAGGAUUUUUUUAGACAAUUAAUACACAGCCAAGCACAGAUUGGUAAAUGCUCCCUGUUUUUACUCUCUGCCUAUCAUUCCACGACAGCCUUCUAAUGUACUUUGGGCUCUUUUUAAUGUAUUUGUUUGUAUUUGUGUUGACAUGUGAGUGCUGUUGUAGAGUCAGAAUGCAGUUGAUUGUUAAUUCACAGAGAUUGUGUGUGUGGGUGUGUGUUUUUUGUUACCUCUUUAGGACCUUUUCCAGUAUAAACACCAACCAUGUUGGGACCAGUCGUCCUCACGGGGACCGGAGCCCGGUCCUAAUGAGGCACAAUGUCAUUUCUGACUGAAUGGAAGUCACUGCGUGUGUGUGCGUGUGUGUGUGUGUGUGUGUGUGUGUGUGUGCGCGUGCGUGUGUGUGUGCGUGCGUGCGUGUGUGUGUGUGUACGCGUGUGCGUGUCUCUACUACAUGUGUCUGUUGGCUUGAUAGUGUGCCUGCUGUCUGACAGACUCACCUUUUAGCACAUUAUCCCAAACUACUGUUGUAAUCAGGAUCGCCAACUGUGCCUUUUCACAUGUAGUCAAAGACACUCUGUAGUUUUUUCCUUUUAUUUCACACAAUAAGAGAAUUUUAAGCUUUCAACAUGCACAAGCAAUAGUAUUACUCUUAUAGUGUAAACUAUAUUACUUUGUUUUUAUGCCAUUUGUUUUUUUAUGUGUGUAUAUCUCAUGAUAGCAUGACUUCCUGAAAUUGAACUCAGAUGAUGAUAUAUGACAUGACCGUGUGUUACGUCCUUCACCUGUACUACCAUGUCGUCUCCGUCUCAUUGUCGCUAUCAUCUCAUUCCACUUCUCUUGAAAUUACUGGUCUCUUGUUACCAUUCUACAAGCAUCAUCAUUUAUCUGGCGAAGGACUGUUUAAUAGGUUUGUCUCAAGGUGGGCCAUCACAUGACAGAGGUACCAAUGUAUUUUUUAUAAUCUAAACUGUAACGUCAAUAUAUUUAUAAUGUAUAAACAGAGAUAAAAUAAUAGGAAAUAGCCUAAAAAUGGAAACAAAAGACCAAACUCCAGCAGGAAAGAAAUUCUGCUGCAUGUAGACAAGGUACGUCAGAGACAACAGAUAAGAAAAAUGUAGUGUUCGCCAUAUUCUUGCUGUUUACUUCCCUGAGAAAAGCAAAAAAAAGACAAAAAUGUUGUCAAAUGUUCAAAUAAAAUGCACAUAGUUGGCUAAUUCUGAAUAAGUUUGCAAGUAGGAGUAACAGUGGAGGAUUUUUGUUUUUUAUCUUUCUCUUAAGUCCAAAAUUUCACAUUUAGCAGUUUGAUAAUUAUGGACUCUGGUGCACACAGAUGUCGUCUGUUUCCAGUGUUCAUUCAGUCCUUGCUUCACCAAGGCACCGGUCCUUAAUUAGUCAUGUGAUGAAAAUUGCUGAUAAAGACAGUGAGAUGCAGUUGAAAAGCUAAUAAAUGGACCAAGAGAUAAAGUUAUUUGGCAAACUGCUGUUAAACUUGACUCAAACUAAAACCCAGUUGCAGACCUUAUUAUUUCUGUCAAUACUAAUCACCAUCUCAGCUUUAGGUUCAGUAUGCCCACGUUAGGUUCAUUAUUUGUGUCCCUAAAAUCGAGGUGAGUUAAAGUGAGCUAAACUAACUACAGUCCUCCUCCCUUCAGUUCAUCUGUUCAGUCCAGUGCCUGUGUUGAGACUUGACACAUUAAUGAGUUCAACAUAACUGCAUGGUACAUGCUGCUGGUUACCCUUCAGCAGAGCCUCAGAGUUCAUUUAGACCUCAAACAAUGUACCAUUGUAUCCACUGACCUUGUAACAUAGGAAAGCCCUUGUGUCCUCGGAUAAGGAACACAAUCACCUAUCUGAAGGACCUCUAUUCUAUUUUGGACUCUGAUGUCCUUGUGAUGGUUUGAAAAAGGCUUGUUGGCUUGUUUAGGAGAGCUAAAAUGUGUAAGCAUAUAUUUCGUUGAGCUGCGUAGCUUAUUCAGGUUAUGAUUAUUGAGUGGCUGUUAGAAGAGAGGCAGACUGCUUCCCUGAAAACGUGUAUGUGGGAGGUUUGAGUGAUAUUUGGCCUGAAAUGAAGUCUUCUUCCUGCAACACUUGGAGCAAUGGUGAAGUGUUGCAUUGCAUCAUCUUACUUUUCAUUUCAUUUUGUUUUCUCUAACUUGCUGCACAGAUGUGAUCGUCUGAAGUUAGUCAACCUUCAGCAAGCUACAGGCCGUCCCUCUUUGAGCUUGAUGCACUAAGCUAUCAAACCCCUUCAAACCUGUGAAUGUACAUCUCUGAAAAAUGAUUUUUUUUUUUUUUUUUUUUUUUUUUUAAAUAUCUCCUUUCUCUCUAUUUCUCAAAUCGCGGCUAUUCUGUCUAUGCAAAGCAAUGCUUCAAAGAAGGGGUUUUUGAACCAAAGGUCAUAUCUGUGGCAGCUUGCGUCCAACACAAUCAUUAAACUGAAAGGUCACAAGACGAUAAAGUGCUGCUGCAACAACCUGUCAUAUGCAAAGUAUUUUAGACUUCCUUCCAAGACACAGUAUACAAUGUAUGAUAGCAAUGUCAUAAUCUCAAAUGUAAAUACCCACCAAUAAAACUGUUACAAAUUAUAUAA